UUGCUGUAGUGCUGGGACUGCAGGAGCUGAACUCUUCCUUUACAAAGGGAGAGGGAGAGAACAAUGGAGAGAUGGCAGCCCGUGUUCGUUGGUUUUGGUUGGUGUUUUUUUUUUAAAGAAAUUAAAGACAAUAAUUUGAAUUAUCUUCCACUCAAGCAGUUUGCUUUGUUUUCCGCUUCAUACAAAAUAGUGGAGCUCGACCGGUCGGUGUCACUGCCUGUUCCUGGUGCAAUGCUGCUGUCUGUGUUCACAACGUGGCAAGGGAAUGUCUGAAUCCAAAGCUGUUUUCAUUGAAAUCUUUUUUAAAAAAUCAUGAAAACAUUUCUAUUAGAUUAAAAAGGAUUUUACAAACAACUCAGGUGUGGCCUAAGCUAUUUCAGUGUCCGUUCAGCUGGGAACACAACCCGCGGGGCCGAAGGCAGGUGCGCGGUUGCGGCCGGUGGGCGGGCCGGGGUCGCGCCUCAGCGGGGGAGCUGGGCGUCGGGGGGCAGCACGGCUGGGUUGUGUGGAGCUGCUGCUGCUCCACGGAGAGAGGAGAGUGCGGCUGUGUGCGUGUGUAAUGGGAGCCGGGCCCGCGGAGCUGGGCUGCCGUGAGGAGAGCUCCCCAGCGCCGAUCCGCGCCGUUAGAUCGCUUCUGUCUGUGGCAGCUGUCUGCCUUCACCCAUCGAUGGGGAAAGUCGUGAGGAAAAGCGCUACAAAAGCCAAGAAACUGGGUAAGUUUAGAAGUCCGUGAGCGUGUAUCCGCGCUGACAGCCGCUCGUGAGCAGCGCUGUGUGGAAACGGGCCGUGCCUGAGGCGGGAGCCCUCACUGCUCAGCGGGGAGCGCUGUGAGCGCAGGUGAAGCCAAUGAGGCGUUAUGCCCUGCGCUGAGGGGAAGGAGAAAGAAGGAGAGAAGGAGAAGAAGAGGAGAGCCUCAGCCCGAAAUGGCGGGCGGGCAGCGCGAGGCGGAACGCGGCCUCCGCCAGCUGCCCCGGCCCGGGCGCACCGGGUAGAGACGGGGACCGGAGGAGCGCCGCGGGGGGAGCUGAGAGAGGAGCCCCGAGGAACCGCGCGGUGGAGGUGAGCGCCGGGAGGGCGGCCCGCAGAACAGAGCCGGGACGGGCCGUGCGCCUGGGGCGGAGCGGGGCUCGGCGCCCGUAGCAACGGCGGCCUCAAACACUGCAGGCGCGUCCCCGAGCGGGUCGGCGCGGACGGCCCGGAGGAGGGAGGGCCGCCGAGCCGGGCCGAGGGGCGCGGGUGUUUUGCAGGAGUCCGAUGGCGGCCGCCGGAGCCUUCGUCUGCCCGCGCUGCCGCAUGGCCUUCGGCUCCCGUGCGCUGCUAAGGGCGCACCGCGAGCGGCUGUGCCUCGGCGGGCCGGGGGAAGAGCCGGGAAGGACGGAGGGACUGCGGGACCCCUCGGUCGCGGUGUCCCGGCACGAGGAUCGCCCCAAGCACCGCCGUCUGCUCCCGCUCUCCGGGCUCCCUCGGUUCUCUGUGGGACGUGAGGGCCCGGGGCGAGCCCGCGGCGCACCGCUGGGUGACGUUCUCACGCCCCGCGAGCGGGCGCUGCUCCGUGCCCCCGCUGCCAGCCGGCCAGCAGAGCGGGGAGAGCCCGGCCCGCCGCGAGGGGACCCACGGGCACCGGAGCUGCUGGAGGCUCAUCAGCGCCACGUGGCUGAAAUCCGGGCCAGGACACAGCAGCUAGAGCGGCACAGAGAGCAGCUGUGCCAGCAGCUGGCAUUGCUGUGCAACAAGCAACUGUCACCAGAAAUGAGUUGGGCUGCAGAGCUGCUGCCAGACAAAGCUGGACACCAGCACCAAGGGGAUGCCCUUCACCUCGACGCCCUCCUGCCACCCUCUGGGCCGCUGGCAGCUGAGGCCAGGGCUCUGCGGCUCUCCUACCUGCGUGCUGGUGGCCGUGACGAGGCCACCUUGGCACAGAUGUUAGACCUCCAGCUGGAGGCCAUGGCACUAGAGAAAAAGGCUGCACAGAAGAUGAGCAAGUACCAGCCCCAGCACAGAGCCCAGGGACGGGAUACCAUCACUGUUGAGGCGGCACGGGGCCUCGAUGCGGCGCUGAUGGCUGUGGAGCUGGAGAACCAGCGGCUCGAGGAUGAGCUCCUGGCAUUGAAGGUCCGGAGGGAGAUGCGAGCUGAUGUUGGAUCGCUGGCAGCCCGGCAGAAUGCAGAGCUGGCUCAGCUGAAGGCAAAUGUAGAGAUGUUGCUGCGACACCAGGCAGAGGGGAUGGGGCCGCGCCUGCCCCCAGCCGUCCUCCCACCGCCCGUGGCCCCUCCACUCCCUCCAGCCUUAGCUCUGGCGGAGCCGCUAAGGACAAGCAGCCCCACAGCCUCCAGCCGCCCACUUGCACCCUCCAACCUCCCCGGCAUCUUCUUUGGAGCCCUGGAUGACCCCCCUCCUACUCAGGAGGCACCAGCUCAGCACAAAAGUCCUGAGAGACAUGUCUCAAGGUACAUUUAGGAAAAGCUUAACAGGAGGCGUUCAAGGCUCAAACCAAGGAGCAGCAAAACCCAUGCAAGAUUUCCUCUAUCAGCCUGGGGCUCGUGGUGGGUGUGUGAAAUAAAUGGCUUCUACCUACAGCUCUUCACCUCCUGGCCUUUUCCAGCGUACAGACUGUGAAGUUCACUGUUUGCAUCAUAUCCUGAAGAACAGAGCUGUACUACAGCUGCCAAGUCAGAUGACACAGAACCAGCACCAACUUUGCAAAAUGCAGUUCAGUCAUAGCAAGCCAGGAGUACAGGGAGGGAGCACACAGCGACUGCAGCCUUCUGCCGCUGCAGCACACAGGAGCAGGGAAGGUACCACACCACAGUAACUGGCCAGAGAGAUGCUGACAGCCUUGCCUCCCCUGCACCUUCCGCCAGGCCCAGGGCUUACAUUGCCUCCUCUUGCC